UGCACAAUCUGUUCCGCUGCUAGCUAGAUAGCUUGCUUCAUCUUCUACGUACUUAUAGCUUCAUCUUCAACAAUGGCCGGAGUUCUACUUUACAGUUUUUGGAUGGUUAUUGCUUUUACUGCUACUACUACCGUUGCGGAGUCUCGACCAGUCCAUUUAAAAUACGUUAACGGGUCCAUGGAAAAAGGAGCCGUAUGUCUCGAUGGGAGUCCAUCCGCAUACUACCAUGACCAAGGGUUUGGUCCCGGGCGUCACAAUUGGGUCAUUUACCUCCAAGGAGGAGGAUGGUGCACUGAUGCGACAGAAUGCAAAGAUCGCAGCAAAUCAGACUUUGGAACUUCGAAUCACUUGGAGAAAUCUAUCACCUUCAAUUCUUCCUAUCUUUCCAGUAAUUCCACGGAUAAUCCUGAGUUCUACAACUGGAACAGAGUUUACAUUCCAUAUUGUGACGGAUCUUCGUUUACUGGAAACAUUGAAGCUGUUGAUCCGGUUACUAAUGUAACCUACAGAGGAUUGAGAGUUUUUGAUGCCACAAUGGAUGAUCUGCUGUAUAACGGAAUGAAGGAUGCUCAAAAUGCACUUCUUGGUGGAGUUUCGGCAGGGGGGUUGGCUGCAAUGAUUCAUUGCGAUAGGUUCCGAGACCUUCUUCCAACAACUGCUAGAGUGAAAUGCCUCGCCAUUGCAGCUUACUUUGUGCAUGAGUAAGUAAAAGUUCAGUCCAUUAUAGUUCUGGGUUACUAUGUGUAUACACACACAUAUAUAUAUAUUAUUUUGGAAAUGUGUAUAUAUAUAGAGAAAUGUUCAUAAAUAGGACUACAAUUAAGUUGAUGUAAGCAAAUAGGACCUACAUCUUUUUAAUCCGACUAAUUUAAUGUGUUCCGACUAAUUUACUCCGCUAAUAUCUCCUCCUAUCACCUCUCUUCUGGACAACCUCUUAUUACGCCGAUAUGACUUCCUCCUCUGCUCUUCCCAACGAAGCAUAAAAUAGAACAUGGGACAUAUGAGUCUAAGGCGGCGCUCCAGCUACGAAAACUUAUGGCGGAGAUUAACUUUAGGAACUUCAAUCGCCGGGAAAAAAGACCACCUAGAAAUCACCUCAUCGCCGGACGCUCAUGGGACUGGAUGGAGGAGCUGAGGCAUAGCAGCGCUGCAGAUGUGGCACCAAAGAGAAGAUCCUCCGCCGCCGCCGACCCAACGAAGUAAACACAACACCGUGGCAGUCGCAGCAAAAGGCCCUGGUUGUUGGUGAAGCUUUUUCUUCUUCUUUGUGGAUCUGCGAUCAAUUGGUGCUGCAAAUUACUUUUUAUAUAGAUGAUCAUAUGGAGAUUCCUCGAGAUAGCGAGUGAAAUUUUGAUUUAUGCAUCUGCUAUUCACUUUUACUUCUUUUUUUUUUUUUUUUUUGUUUUGCAAUUUUCAUUUUCUCUAAACUUUUUGAAGUAAACAUGAUCUUACAAUAUUGCUUAUUUUAUGCGCCGCUUAUUAACACGGGUCUUAAUAAGCACCAUUUAUUAAUCCGUGAAGUAAACGUGUCCUCAUUCUUCUAGAUAAUCACAGCACUGGGUGAAAAAAUUGAUGAACAUGUCUUCAGAUUUGAAAAUGGAAAACUAAAAAAUAGAAACAGAAAAUUGGAGAGAGAAAAACUAAAAAAUAAAAACAGAAAGUUGGAGAACGAAAAACAGAAGUAUAAAACAGGAAAAUAUCUUUGUUAGUAAACAGACCCUAAGUUUUUCAGUUGUAUGGAGUGCAAAAAUACGGGAUUUUGUUUAUGAUCUACUCAUAUGUUGCAAUAGAUC